AUGACCUCUUUAGUUUUGCGGCCACUUUGCUUCAACUCUUUGCACAAAAAAGGACUCUUAAUGACCUCUAUGUUUUUCCUUUUGAGUACAGGGGCUUGGAUGAGCGCAGCUCUUGUUUUGCGCUCUAAAAACCCCGUGCACUCUGUGUUCUACCUAGUCCUCACCUUUUUGCAUGCUUCCGGCCUGUUGGUGUUGUUAGGUCUAGAGUUCUUUGCUCUUUUGCUCUUGUUAGUAUAUAUUGGAGCACUGGCAAUCAUGUUUCUUUUUGUGGUCAUGCUAUUGGAUAUUCCAGCCACCGAGCUAAUGGCUCAUCAGCGCGGUGCUUAUCCAGUGGCAGGCCUUUUGUUUGUAACGCUAGUGAUUUCCCUUGUGGGCCUUCUUUGGCAACCAGUAGAGACCAGUCCUUUGGUAACUCCAUUGUGGCCAGUUGUUCAGGGAGGUCCUUUGGGAUUGGAAUUUCCAGAGACUUCUUGGCAAACAGCUGCCAUGUCUCAUUCUGCUCUGGCACAAUUAGGAGUGGCCCUCUACGGAGUUCAUGUAGACUUGCUUUUGUUAGCGAGCUUGCUACUUUUAGUAGCAAUGAUUGGAGCCGUUGCAUUAACCCUAACCCGACGUGUGCACGCACCUCUGCACGACGUGUUUGCUCAGCAGUCUGUGGAUUACCAAAAAGUUGUAUCUCUAGUUCAACAAUCAACACAAGCAAAGACGUUUACAUAG